AUGCGUCAACGACGUUCCACGAUGCGGGCCAACUACCACCCUUUCCUCUUCACCCUCAUGACCCUGACGGCCACUGCUGAGCUCGGCCUCACCGCUUUUCUCAUCAGCGCGGGGAAUGAGGCGCAGACCUGGGCCAGCCCCAGGUACCACUCACUGUCCGUACCUCGCCGCUCCAAGUGCCACCCGCAUCUGACGGAGAGUCGUUCCAGCCUGAUUCUCCUCUGCUUCUCGUCGGCGUGGACCCUUCUAUUCUCGGGCGCAUACGUGCUGUGGCUCGUUGAUGGCGCCGUCCAUUUGCUGGCGCAGGUUGCCAGUUCCGUGGUCUGGCUCCUGCUUGCCGCCAUACUAUGGGGCGUAGGCGCGGGGCUCAUGCAUAACACGCGUUCCGGGGGGAACUGUGCCGGACGUCCGCCCCUGUCACGCUGUCGCCAGACCCUCACGAUGGAAGCGUUAGGCUGGACAGAAUUCAGCCUCUGCUGCGUAACGCUCGCUGCAACGCUGCUGUGGAUGCGCACGGGCCUAGGGAAGAGGAGGUAUAUCAGGGAUUCACGGACGUUUGUGUAG